AUGGCCUCGAGUCCCGUUUUAGAGCCGACAUUAGGCUGUUUCGAUACCAACAACACAGGACAUCAAGACGUGAAAACGUUCUUGGAACAUUGUGGGCAGUUAAAAUACUUGGAAACCUUUAUCAAUGAAGGCUUUGAAUCCACAGCAGCGAUAUGCGAGGUUACAGAAGAUGAUAUGAUAGCAAUGGAUGUCAAGCGCGGUCAUCGUCGGAUGAUCCAGCGGCAAAUUGCAGCUACACGGGGCAUCAUGCCAAAGUACCCACAUUCAGUUGCAUCAGAAACUUCUGCAUCGUUCUAUGAUUCUUCUACGAUGGUGGAUAACACCAGCACAAGCAGCGGCAAUGGCAAUGGCAAAAAGCGCAAGUAUCGACGUCAUCCCAAACGUGACAAGAAUGCACCCAAAAGACCACCAUCAGCCUAUAUCAUGUUUUCAAAUGAAAUGCGUGCAAAGAUCAACGACAAAUCAAAGACGUUUACAGAGAUGGCAAAAACCAUCGGCGAGCUAUGGAAGAACCUCGACCCCAACAAAAAGCAAGCCUAUGAGCUGGAAGCCAUGAAGGCCAAAGAUGCCUACCAAAUUGCUAUGCAACAAUACCGGAAAACAUCAGAGCAUAAGGAGUAUCAGCAGUAUCUUAAAGAAUUCAAGCAAAAAGAUAAAGACAACAACAACGAUACCACCAUUCAACAAAAAUCAGAAUCACCCAGCAGUGGAAGCAUGGCCGAUUCAAGCUCGAACAAUGGAACCGAUUCACAACAAGUGUUUUUGGUUCAACUUCCAAACAAGUCUUCCGCUGGUGCUGGUGACAGGUGGUUGUGA